CAUGAACUGAGAUAUAUCUGCCCCAACAAAAUCACAGAAUACCUAGUCCUAAUCGAAUAGGCCGAUACAAGAGGAAAUUUCGACUGCCCUACUUACAGCAUUGUUUAAGUUUUAAGCUAUUAUGCACAACAUUUCCUUAGCAUCAUAGCUCGACUUAAUUACUUCUACCAUCACGCCGUCAACAUGGACACCGGGUUGAGAGCAAACACAACUAUCACCGUCACAACGGACGUCCUCCCUCAUAAGACUUGUGAUAGCCAUUUGAACUGUGACGGGCCGUCUCUGGGGCAAACACGCCGUAUCUCAUGCCGCGACGCAAUCAUUAUCGGUGCCGUCCUAGGCGGCACCGCGGCUAUCGUGGUUGCCCUUUGCGUAUUUUGUCGGUGGAGAACGAGGAGGGCAAAGAUACGUGAAGCAAGGAGGAUAGAGAAGGGGAAAGGGAAGGAGACUCGGACAGAGAAUGUAGAAGAUAAGACGAAUGACGUGGGUAAAGUGGGUGAAGAAGCACCCCCUGCUUCAAUCCGUCCGGAAGACGGAGAGUGCGCGGAUGAUUUGAUCAGACCAGUUGCUGAGCGUAGCGUUAGUUGGGCGGACUGUUGAGGAAGUCGAGAUGGGUAUCGUGUUCUACUUUUAUACCCCGUAUUCGAGUAUUGCAAAAGUUAUUGUAAUAUUUACUGCAAUAGUUAAUACAGGAGCUACUGCGAAGUC